AUGGAGAUAUCCGUGUACGUGUAUGUAUCUGACAUUAGGACAACAACAACGCCGUCAACAUUCAGGCGUGUAGCAGAGGCAACAAUCAACAACACCACCAAUAAACGCAACGCAACAGGAACGGCGAAGGUCGAGGCAUCACAGGAUACAUCAUCGGAGGAGAGCGUGCCAAAAUCUUUCGGCAGCCUUUAUCGGGCACCGAAAACCACAGCCGGGGAAGCAGCAGUUGCAGCUCAAGAACAAAGAACGGGCGCGGCCGUGGGGACGGGGGGGCGAGGGAGAGGGAAGGGCAAAGGUGUUGGGGUUGACCCUUCGAGCUCGACCGCAGACAAUCCGAAUGUCUUCUUCAUCAUGAUCGACGACAUGGGGUGGAACGACAUCGGCUACCACAGCACAGACCUGGCGAACGUUACGCCGAAUCUGGACAGGCUGUCUGCAAGCGGGGUGAAGGUUUCCCAGUACUACAGCAUGUCCAUCUGCACGCCCGCGCGGGCCGCCCUCAUGACCGGACGCUACCCGGUCCGGUACGGCCUGCAGUACAACGUCAUCCAGCCGGGGGCACCGUGGGGCCUUCCCCUCACGGAGAAGCUCUUGCCGGAAUACAUGAACGAAGCCGGCUACGAGUCUCACAUGGUGGGCAAGUGGCACCUCGGCAGCUACACCCACGCGCACACGCCCCACCGAAGGGGUUUCGAGACGUACUUCGGCUACCUCAAUGAUGAGGAGAUGUACUGGACGCACCAGACCUGGACAGCCACCAUAAACGGUCGAAAGUUCUUCGACUUCGGGUUCGGCAACGCGACCGGAUUCUAUGACGUCAUCGAGAGGUUCGACCCGCCCCCCGGCGACGAUGACUUGGUCUCCACGGGCCCCACGAGCUCCGUUUACUCCUCCUCCCUUGAGAUCAAGGGGGAUUACUCCACCGAGAUUUUCACGGACCGGGCGUUGGAGAUUCUCAGCCAGAAGACCCCGCACGACGAGAACCCGCUAUUCCUAUACCUGUCGCACCAGGCUGUCCACGAUCCCCUGGGUGUUCCUCCCGCCGACGCCUUCAGCCCCGAGGAAUGGGCCGUGUUGACUGCCCUGGAGGAUGAGUCUUCCGACGCAUCUCUUCGCGUCAGGUUCGCCAAGGUGCUGAUGUACCUGGACAAGAGCAUCGGUAGGCUGGUGGACUAUCUCGAGACCGAAGGCUGGCUGGAGAACUCCAUCAUCGUCGUGGCGAGUGACAACGGCGGGUGCCCGUCGACCGGUGGCAGCAACUACCCGCUGAGGGGGCUCAAGCACUCCAACUGGGAGGGCGGGGUUAAGGUUCCUGCAUUUGUGUACUCUCCUAGCCACAUCCCAGAAGAACACUGGGGCACGGAGUACCGCGGACUCAUGCACGUCACCGACUGGCUGCCUACCUUGGCGGACGCGGCGAACUUCGAGCUUCUCGGCAGCCACGGAGACCUUGACGGAGUAAGCCACUGGAAGCACAUCGUCCCCGCUCCUGGCGAUGACACCGCUACUGUUUCUGAGUCGCCGGAGGCGGCGGCGGCGGUGGAGGAUAACCGACUGAAGAGAGCGAGGACGGCUACGGCGGCGGUUGAUGGUGGCGGUGGCGGUGGUGGUGGCGGUGGCGGUGGCAGUAGCUACGGCUUGGGUGAGGUCUCGUACGGUGCCAGGAGGGAGGUUCUGUACAACUUCGACCCGUAUGUUCUGGGGGCCAACAUCACCGACGACAUCGGCGAAGCCGACUUCACCGAGGUACAGGGAGCUUUCCGCCAGGGUAAAUGGAAAUUCAUGUUCAACUCGUGGUGUUCCGGCUACUACGCCUUCGACAACAAGACCUUGCUCGCGGACGACCUGACGGACGAGGACAACACCUGCCAGGAGCUAGGGGAGUGCUCACAGUGCGGGGCCAACUGCGGGAGCCUGAGCAUCGACUACACGGACUGGCUCUUCGACCUCGAGGAUGACCCUAGGGAAUUGAACAACCUCGCCAACGAACACCCGGAGGUGGUAGAAAGCUUGCGCAGGCGCGUCUUGGAGGUGGUGUUUCAGGAGUUCUCCAACUCUUCGUAUAAGAGCGUCAACUACGGGGCUUACUACAUCUGGAGGAAGUUUGACUAUUGGAUGGUGCCGUGGUGGGAGCUGGAGCAGGGAGCCGAUGACGCCGACGACGAGAGUGAUGGAUUGUAG